AUGAUGUUGAAGAAUAAUACAUUGCUGGAUUAUGAGUCAAAACAAGGAGUUAUGUUCUUAUUCGAUGAUAAUAUUGGAUCGCACAUAUCUAUAACUGAUAAAGUAUUCCAGUUCGUGUUCAAUUAUCUUUCAGUGUAUGAAUUAAAUCAUAUCAGCCGUACAUGUCACGCUCUUAACAAUGCAGUUUACAAGUAUGUGUUAAUUAAUGCGUCAAAAAGAUUUGCAUGUGAAGUAUUGAAAAAUAAAGACAUAUUGGACAAGACACGAAGCAACAGCUACGCUUGGGAUUCCGUUAUACAUUUCACCGAUUCAACGCGACUGCUUAUUGCCGUAAUGUCUGGUAAAGUUGGCAAGAACUAUCAACUUGAAAUAGAAGUACGGCGACGUUUCCGUGGUUUCUUCAUUGAUCAACUAACAGAAUCGGAAUCAAAGCAAGGAUUUUGGCUUUCUGCGCUUCUGCGAACUCAGAAAAGUGUCGCAGAACAGGGACGAUUGUUCAUGCUUUUAUUUGGCCCUAUAAAAUAUGUUCGUGGCCAGGAGCGAAUUGAUUGGUACUUGAUGUCAAAGAAAAUUUUCACCAGAAAUCAGUGCGCUCAAAUUAUCAAACCAUUGUCAUCAAAUCUUUAUUGCCUUUCGAAAACAAGAGAAUUGAAGUCGAUGUUUUCCUGGAGCGAUUCUGAAAUUUUCACUUUAAUAGAAGAAAUAACAAGUGCACCACAAGUUUGGCUGUUUCAUAAUUUUGCAACUUUACUCUUACUGCAACCAAAAUUAAUCCGAACUGCUCUAUAUUAUAGAAUAUUUUAUGGACAGUGUAGAGAAGCUGCCAAUAUGUUGCAUGUCAUGAAAAUGGUGUAUUAUCGAUGGGGAUGUAGAAUUGCGGAAAGCUUAUUGGCACCUUUGCUAGAAACAUUCGAAUUCCUGAAUUCGGCACAACGCCGGCAUUUCCUUGCUGAAGUAAUUUUAACACAAUGCCACUUACUCGAUGAACAUCUUCGACGCUUUCCAUCUAAUAUGAUAAUGCUGUUGUGUUUGGCAUGUGCUACAACAAGCGUCAAGACAAUACAGCAAAUAUGUCGUAUGGAACCUACAAAUCGGUCAUUUAUCGGUAUUUUGCAUAUAACAUUACGUGCGGAUAUAAAACAGUGCAAACGAGAGUGUCUUGCAAUCAACACAAGCCAGUGUUCGGCAAUCGUAUACAUUGCUAGUAAGAAUUUGUGUUUGCUUAUAAGUGGUCAACAAAGUGAAGAGGACGAAUUCAUUGGUGAAGAUACAAUGAAAUUUCAUAAGACAUGUCGAUGUCUGACAAAGGUGCAAUCGAUACUUCUUAGAAAAGCGUGUUUUAAAGAAUUUCGUGGUAGAGCAUUAAUUGGUGCUAUUGAUGAAAUCUAUGAAAAUGUAUCAAAAAUACAAUGUCGAAAAGCUUGUGCCGUUUCAUUAAUUCAAAACAAUGUCUUGUGUAAAGCAGCUAUUUAUUAUCCUAAAAAGCACGAAUGUAUGGUCUCAUCACAGAAUCGUUUUGAUUUGCCCGAACUGUUCAUAGAGGAUGCAGGAGCACAUUAUCUUGAAAAUAGAUGUGCUGAUGAACGAUUUCUGAACAGAAUACAGAAUAAAAACAAUACCGAGCAAACAAUAUUUUCACUGACAACUACAAACAAAGAUCCAAAUGAUAUCGAAUCCGACUGCUCAUUGAAACACACUACAUUUAUGACUCAGAAAGUUCUGCAUUUCUGUGAUUAA